UUUUCUCUUGGCUUUGCAGUACACCCUUUCCUCGACACUAUGAAGAGACUGUACUUCAUCGAGCCGAUCGUAGCGAUUUACGCGUUUGCCAGUUUUAUGCUGUAUCCCCUCGUCCAGCAGUACGUGUAUCGCAGAUUGUGGCUGGAGAUCACAAACUCGUCUUACACCGUGUCCGAAAACACUUCCCAGUGCGCCUCCAACAACACCAGCCACAGCAGACAGCAAAAUGAGGUACAGAAAGCAGCUUCUCUGUUCUCCAUGUACAUUGAUUUGUCCUCCAUGAUCCCCAGUCUCAUAAUGACCCUCCUUCUGGUGGCCUACAGCGAUCAGCGCGGCCGAAAGAUCACUAUUAUUAUGCCCCUCAUUGGGUCUCUGAUCUACACGCUUUCAUUCCUGGCGGUGUCCUUCUUCGAGCUCAACCUCUACCUUCUCAUUGCCGCCAGUUUCGUAAGUGCCCUUUUUGGGGGUAUCGGCACCAUGCUAGGUGGCUGCUUCUCCUAUGUGGCCGAUUUGUGUGAGGACAGCAAGCAGAAGACCCUUCGCAUGGCUGUGGUGGACAUGAUGAUCGGCUUGUUGGCCGGUGUGGCGUCAAUCUCCACGGGCUACUUCCUGCAUGCAGUCGGGUUCAACUGGCCUUUCUUUACAUCCGCCCUGUUUCAGGCGGUUAACUUGAUAUACGCUGUCUUCAUUCUGGAAGAAACCAGGGUGAUUGACCAGACAGAGAAAGUGGCUUGUUGUCAGGCCAUGCAGAAACUAGCUCAUGGUAUCUGCAACUUGUUUGUGGGAGGCAGCAGGCAGAGAAAAUGGGUUCUUGUGCUGCUGAUUGUCACAUUCUCCUCCUUAUCUUUUGUUAAUACGGGGGGUCUGUCCAUGAUCACACUUUACGAACUCAAUGAGCCGCUGUGCUGGAGCGAGAUCCUCGUCGGCUAUGGCGCUGCGGCCAGCACCUCCAUCUUCAUCACUAGUUUUGUCGGUGUGUAUUUGUUCUCCCUCUGUCUGCCUAACAUUGCCAUCACCUUCAUCGGGAUGCUGUCAGUCGCUAUAAGCAUGUUCAUGACGGCCUUCGCAAAGACCACUCUCAUGAUGUUCCUCGUGAGGAUUCCUGCGAUGUUUGCUAUUAUGCCGUUCCCUGUCCUGCGUUCGAUGAUGUCAAAGGUCGUCUCAAAGUCUGAGCAGGGAGCGCUUUUUGCCUGUGUGGCCUUUACAGAAAACUUAAGCACUAACGGGUCCGCUGCAGUUUUUAGCAGAAUCUACGCGGCCACUGUGGCAUGGUGUCCUGGCUUUAUCUUCCUAUUGGGUUCUGGACUCUGUAUUAUACCCAUAAGCCUAUUAGGCAUAUUUAGGUGUUUCUGUUCAUUGGAUUCUAAUGACAAUCAAGCACUCUUAUCAGAAGACGAGACUGAAGCCUCAGAUGACCCACCUGUACAGUAGUUUAAAGUCAAAUCAAAGGGAGUUUGGAUACCU